AUGAAUACGGGUCUUCAAGAUGCAUUUAAUCUUGGCCGGAAAUUAGCAUUUGUAUUGAAAAAACGAGUAAUAAAUGAUGAUCAAUUACUUGAUACAUACAAUGAAGAACGCCAACGUGUAACUCAAAAUCUUGUACAUAUAACAGAUCGUGCUUUUCGUGGUUUAACAAGUAAUAAUAAGUAUACAAAAUUUAUACGUUUAUAUAUACUGCCAACAAUAUUCCAAUUUUAUUGUGAUGUUAAUUAG